ACGGGAUCGCUGACUGGUGCAGCCGUAACUCCGCCUCUUCAGCCAGCGGUGACGGCGGCUGGAAAUGGCUGUUUUGUGUUAGGAGCGCCCUUCCACUCUAUCGAGGAGUUUUCCGUUUUCCUUGCUCUUUUUGCGCAGAGAUUUUUUGUUUUAAUUUAAUUUCGUUUGGGGGAUCUCAUCAAGGGCCGGGCCUGAUGUUCUGCUUUAUGAAAAAAAAGACAUCUAAAGUUUAUAAGGGCUGCCGGUAUGAAACUAUGAAAAGAAUGCUCGUAUCUGUAAGACAAAGAAAAGUACGCCGGAGUGGCACCUACACAGCAACUUUAUAAUGCAUUUAUAAUGAUUUCCUCAGAACGGGUAUUUAUUGCCAGCAUUGAUUGUAAUAACUGGGAGACGGUGUGCGCAUGUUUAGUAGUGUAAUAUCCUUUUUCUUUUUCUCCCAGUAUGAUGAUCAGUUGGUUUGAGGAGGCAUUUCCACGAAAUAUUCGCGAUAAAAUAUGGCACCCUGGCAGUCUUACGUGUACGGAGUUCCUACCCUAAGACAAUGGCAGAGUCCCAGUUAAUUUCCUCCAUUUUUUUGCCCCACUGGCGAAGCGCUGAUAGAGGGAUCCGCUUCUUGUACCUUGCAGACUGUUGCUCCUUUAGGAUCAGCCAGAGCUGCGAUACCAAGGACUCUAUGCUUCCCCUGUUUCUUGGUGCAGACUUGUUCGCAAAAACUAGUAUCCGAACUGAGAAUCAUCCUAGAUACCAUGCAAAGUUCGCUAAGAAAGGGCUGGCGACCAAACUUGUAUUCUCAUCCGGGUUCCGACUACAUGGGUUGAGACUCCCCACUGGAAACAACAGUCUAUGGUUUUACAGCAUCCAGGGUGUUUUUCGUGUGGCUUUUGAGCUCUACAGCCAGCAUGAGCAACUGUCUGUCUUGGAGGCUUUUCAGCUGGAUCCUCCAAGUCCAGAAGUUGUUGUGAAGAUCCACGACAGAGAGCUGCAGCUGAGGUUGAGCUGCUCAAAUGCCCCAGACAUAGAUGUACAUUCCCCUCAGCUGCUGGAAAGUGGCAGCACCGCCUACCAGGAAGAGGAGAGCCCUCCUACAGUGACCUCAGCAUCCGACCAUGACUACUGUCGCCAUGCACGUGUAACCUCCCCAGACUGGUAUUACAGCACUUCCCGGAAAAUCCAACGUUUAUUGGUUAUUUUGGAGGACUUGAUGGGCGAGGUUGAGAGGGAGAAACAAGAGACUGUCUCGCUACUUUUGGAGCACAUGGAGCAGUGUAUGAAGAGUGGGUUAGAUGAGAGGGGAUUGUCUGACCUUGUAUUGGGUCUCCUAGAGUCACAGGGACAGGGACAGGGAGCCAUGGACCCAGGCUCUGUAUACUGCAGCCCUCUGCUCUGCACCAUUGCCGGGUGGCUGGGCCACCGUUUCAAUGCUGCAAACGGCUGCAUCAGCCAGCAGGUGGAGAGCUUUAAGAUGCAGCACAUCGACCACAUCACGGAUCUGCCGGCCGCCGAGGAGCUGGCCGGCGAGUUGUUUCCUGAGGCCAUGCGGGUGCUGCUUCUGAACUGGAUGGGUCUGAGUGACAGCGGUGCCGUCUGGAAGCGGCACAGCGAGUACCCCAUCCUGCUCCUGAUCCUCGAGUUUGCGAACCACAAUCUUAUCACUGGUGUGGCCCAUGUCCUGUACUCUAGUUUGAUAUGCAAAUAGACUAACAUACAACAUUUAAGAUGCGACAUACAAUUUAUUUUUACAAGUCAUUGGUAGAGACCAGUAAGCCCAUUAUUUUUCAUGUUGCCAAAUCAAUAAAGCACAAUUAUCAGCUCAGCCUUGAGAUGAAAAUUUCCAUCUUCAUUGAA